AGUUUUGCUGUUAGACUGCGUGAGCAGGGCGGGAGUGCCGAGCGCGGGGAGUCUGGCAGCGCCCGCUGAGUAGCUUGAUACUGAUGGACGUUGGAUGGACCAGAAGCAGGGAUGGUGGGCUAUGACCCCAAAGAAGAUGGUAGGAGUAACUCCAAGUUUGAGGUGGCAGUGGCAGGGUCUGUGUCUGGACUUAUCACUCGGGCACUGAUCAGCCCCUUGGAUGUCAUCAAGAUCCGUUUCCAGCUUCAGAUUGAGCGCCUGUCUCGCAGUGACCCCAAUGCAAAAUACUAUGGGAUCCUACAGGCUGGGAGGCAGAUUUUGCAGGAAGAAGGCCCAACAGCAUUCUGGAAAGGACACAUCCCAGCCCAACUUCUGUCCAUUGGCUAUGGAGCUGUCCAAUUUUUAUCCUUUGAGCUGUUGACUGAGCUGGUCCACAGAGCCAGCCUGUACGACGCCCGUGAAUUCUCGGUGCACUUUGUGUGUGGCGGUCUGUCUGCCUGUGCAGCCACCCUCACUGUGCACCCUGUGGAUGUUCUGCGCACCCGCUUUGCAGCUCAGGGUGAGCCCAGGGUCUACAAGACUUUACAAGAUGCUGUCGUGACUAUGUAUAGAACUGAGGGACCCUUGGUCUUCUACAAAGGAUUGACCCCCACCUUGAUCGCCAUCUUCCCAUAUGCUGGGUUGCAGUUCUCUUGUUACAGCUCCUUGAAGCAUGUCUAUGAGUGGGUCAUGCCGGCCGAUAGAAAGCACAGCGAGAACCUCAAAAACCUGCUUUGUGGCUGUGGGGCCGGAGUCAUCAGUAAGACCCUCACCUAUCCCCUGGACCUCUUCAAGAAACGGCUGCAGGUUGGAGGAUUUGAGCAGGCCCGAGCUACCUUUGGACAGGUGCGGAGAUACAGGGGCCUCUUGGAUUGCACCAAGCAGAUUCUGCAAGAGGAAGGUGCCCAAGGCUUCUUCAAGGGCCUGUCCCCCAGCCUGCUGAAGGCUGCCCUCUCCACAGGGUUAGUGUUCUUCUGGUAUGAGCUUGUCUGUAACUUCUUCCACUGCCUGAAAAGGACAGACAGCUAGCUGUGGAGGCAGGAAGAGACUGAGGUCUUUCCUGGAGGGCACCUCCUGAGAGAAGCAAAACCUGAUCUCAUGUGGCACUGAAGGCUCUUGUCCCGCCUGCCCUCCUGGCCAGCCUUCCCAAGCAUGAACAGUUACUGGGAGCAGGGUGGCAACCCUGACCCAUCCGGAUGGGAUACCAUCAGAAGGGCCAGGACUUUCUCCAUGAUGGAACACAGGUCUGGGGCUGUGGGAUGAGCAACACCGGUGAGAAGGAGCUCCCACUCGUUUCUUCUCAGUGCAGUGCAGAAACAAAGGAAUCAGACACUGCCUUCCAACUCAUGGCUGCAUCCAUUGGGGAACUCUUGCUUCUGGAAGGGGCUGCAGCUUGAGUGCAGAGAGCAAGGAAUGGGCUCUUUGCAGGAGUUUGGUCCCCAUCCUUGGGCUAUUUUCCCCAACAACUUUUUAAAUAGAUAUUAAAGCAAAAAAACACAUUCCUUACCUUGUUCCUCCACCUUCCCUUACAAACUGCAUCUUUGCUCACCCAGGAUAAGGGAAGGGACUCUAACUUCCUCAAAUUCCACUUUAUCAGUUACAGCUGCUCCUAAUAAACCUAAGGAUAAAGUC